CAGUGGCGGUGAUAAGCGGAGGAAAAGCGGCAGACCCCACGUUCCCCUCAUUACAUCACCCGCGACUUUUCUUGAAUCCCUCUGCAGCAAUCAACCACGAUCGUGCAACCAGAUCAAUUCCUUGUCCUACCACCCGACUCGCCGUUACACCAAUACAAGUACCAUGUCGAGCAAAACCAUCAUCGUUACCGGUGCCUCGCGAGGAAUCGGCCUCGCCAUUGCGAAAUACCUCCUCACCGCGCCUCAAGCCCACAAUGUCGUCGUGAUCGCCCGCAGCCGCGAACCCCUCCAGCAGCUCAAGGAGCAAUACAGCAAGCAAGUCGAGGUGCUCAACGGCGACCUAUCUGACUUUUCGCUCGGUCAGAAGGCCGUCGAUCUGGCCCUCAAGUCUUUCGGCCGUCUGGACGGCAUGGUCCUGAACCACGGCAUCCUCGGACAAGUAGGAAAAGUGAUUGAUGCGGAUCCGCAAGAAUGGAAGGCCGGGUUUGAUGUGAACUUUAUCAGCUUGGUUGCUUUUAUCAAAGCCGGUCUUCCCGCGCUUCGCGAAUCCAAGGGAAAAAUCAUCUUCACCUCAUCGGGUGCGGCGGUCACGGCAUACAGGGGGUGGGCUCUUUACGGUGCGACCAAGGCGGCCAUGAACCAUCUGGCUUUGAGCCUGGGCGAAGAAGAGCCCGAGGUCACGACGAUUUCUAUUCGGCCCGGCAUGGUGGACACCGAGAUGCAGCGGGAGUUGCGCGAGGUCCAUGCUACGAAUUUGGAGCCGCAGAUGCAUGCCAAGUUUACGACGGUGCAUAAGGAGGGUAAGCUUCUGAAGCCCGAGCAGCCGGGCCAUGUGAUGGCGAAGCUGGUUUUGGAUGCGCCUAACGAGUUGAGUGGGAAGUUCUUCACAUGGAACGAUAAGGCGCUGGAGGCUUUCCAGUGAUUACGGCUAAAAUUCUGAUGAAGACAGUCAGCAUGUACCGUCGACAAGAUUCAUAGAACAUAUUGCAGAAUAGAAUACAUAAUCAGUCGAAAGAUGAAAAGCAGGUUACAUUUUAGAAGCAUUAGGCGUGAGCCUUCAUGUUU